AGUCAAACUUGGUGCCCAAAAAUAAACCCUCACCUCGUAGCCGCCCCCUGCGUUGCUCAACAGUCACACCUUAUUGUUCAAAACGGGAGCGACCCCUGCGUUGCUCGACACUCCCAAAUGGGGGAGACGAAAGGAGAAACCGGAGUUACCGACAGUAGCACCAAACCCGACGUGGUCUCAGUAGAAGAAGCUCUAGAAACAGUGCUGAGAGUGGUCCAGCGGCUGCCACCUGUCACCGUGCCCCUCCACGAUGCGCUUGGGAAGGUGCUGGCCGAGGACAUUCGCGCCAGAGACCCUUUGCCUCCUUACCCUGCCUCCAUCAAGGAUGGAUAUGCAGUGGUAGCUUCAGAUGGGCCUGGUGAGUAUCCUGUGAUUGCUGAAGCAAGAGCUGGGGACGAUGGACUUGGCAUCACUGUCACUCCUGGAACUGUAGCAUAUGUUACCACGGGAGGACCAAUACCCGAUGGUGCUGAUGCAGUUGUACAAGUGGAGGACACUGAACAAAUUGAAGGGCUUUCACUUGAACCAAGGAAAGUAAGAAUAUUGGCACAAACAAGCAAAGGAGUAGAUAUUCGUCCAGUGGGAUGUGAUAUUGAGAAAGAUGAUAUAGUAUUGAUAUCUGGGCAAAGAAUUGGUGCUUCAGAAAUUGGUUUGCUUGCUACUGUGGGAGCGACAGUGGUGAAGGUAUAUCCCACCCCAACAAUUGGUGUGCUUUCCACGGGAGAUGAACUUGUAGAGCCAACAACAGGCUGUUUAAGUCAUGGCCAGAUUAGGGACUCCAACCGUGCUAUGAUACUGGCAGCUUCAGUACAGCAUCAUUGCAAAGUUCUUGACUUGGGAAUUGCUAGAGAUGAUGAAGAAGUACUGGAGAAUAUCAUGAAUACUGUCAUAUCCUCUGGAAUUGAUAUUCUUCUUACAUCUGGAGGUGUUUCCAUGGGAGACAAGGACUAUGUCAAACUACUAUUUCAAAAGAGAGGGACAGUGCAUUUCAGUAAGGUUUGGAUGAAACCAGGGAAACCUUUGAAUUUUGCGGAGAUCAAUUCUGAACCUUCAGAGAGUAUGACAAUGAAAAAAGUUUUUGCAUUCGGUUUGCCUGGAAAUCCAGUUAGCUCUCUAGUCUGCUUCCAUUUGUUUGUGGUACCCACCAUCCGCCGCCUUGCUGGAUGGGCAAAUCCUCAUCUUUUGAGAGUACACGCGCGUCUUCUCCAGCCUAUAAAGACAGAUCCCGCUCGUCCAGAAUUCCAUCGUGCUAUCAUUAGAUGGGAAUUAAAUGAUGGAUUUGGAAAUCCUGGCUUUGUUGCUGAGAGUACUGGCCACCAGAGAAGCAGUCGGAUCUUAAGUAUGAAGUCUGCUAAUGCUUUGUUGGAGUUACCAGCAACAGGCAGUGUAAUAGCUGCUGGGACUUCCGUGCCAGCUAUCAUCAUUUCUGAUAUUAGUACUGUUAUUUUCAAAAGUUCCUCAUCACCAGGUUCAGCAUCUCCUUUACAAAGAUUUAAAAUGCAAGAAACAACUGUAGCUGAGUCCCAGAAUGCCGAGUUUAGAGUAGCUAUUCUUACAGUGAGUGAUACUGUUGCAUCAGGGGCUGGGCCUGAUAGAAGCGGUCCAAGGGGAGUUUCUGUUGUAAAUUCCUGUUCAGAAAGGAUGGGAGGAGCUAGGGUUGUUUCCACAGCUGUGGUCCCGGAUGAUGUAAGCCAAAUCCAGGAUGCUCUCCGUAGAUGGAGUGAUAUUGAUAAAAUGGAUCUCAUCCUCACCCUUGGUGGCACUGGCUUCACCCCACGAGAUGUAACCCCGGAAGCGACCAAACAGUUGAUUGAGAGAGAAACACCUGGUCUUGUUCAUGUCAUGAUGCAAGAGAGUUUAAAAGUGACACCGACUGCUAUGCUCUCGCGAUCUGCAGCAGGAAUAAGAGGGUCAACAUUGAUCAUUAACAUGCCUGGAAAUCCAAAUGCGGUUGCGGAGUGCAUGGAGGCGUUGUUGCCUGCCCUCAAGCAUGGAUUAAAGCAGAUAAAGGGAGGCAAGAGAGAAAAACAUCCCCGACAUAUCCCUCAUGCACAAUCCGCGUCCAUGGAUGUUUGGGAACAAAGUUAUAGGUUGGCCUCUGCUACUGGCAGAGAGCACGGCUGUUCUUGUUGCCAGUAAUAUGGAGGAAUAAAAUAUCAUGCCAACUUUCUUGUGUAGUAUUGUUAUGCAUCUCACAGAAUGUAAAAACUGUCUUCAUAAGUUUAUAAUAAAUAAAUAAAACAUGUAUGUCUUCACAAGUUUA